AUGGGCCCGUUCGGGAGGAGACGUCUUGAGGGCCCAACUCUGCUACAUCUUUUCUUCACCGUCAUCCUGCUGGGUUCCUGGGAUAUUUUCAGCACGAAGGCGAUAGCGCAAACUACUCGUCGAGAUCCGAUGGAAGUCGACAAGACCGAAGACAAUACCGCAACAGAACACAAUGCAGGGCAGCACAUCUUCAAGGGCGAAAGCUUCUACAGCUCCGAGGCGAUGGAGCAUAUCCUUCCCGAGCACAUGUUCCGAAACAAUAACGUCGCGGUCAUAACGGAAACCCACCCGGCGAAAGUGCCGAACCUGGUCCCGAUCAUGUUGCACUUCGCGUCGUCUCUGGGACCCAAGUGGCCGGUGGUUCUCCUCACGCUGCAAAAGAACUGGCAAAUGCCAGAAUCGAUGCAGUUCCGACAGCUAGUGGAGGCGAAGCGCAUCGCCAUCCUCUACCUCCCUCCCGGCACGGCUUUCCCGGAUCACAAAUCCGUCACAUACUUCAUGGUUCGUCCGUGGCUAUGGGAGCUGUUUUCGCCGGCAAACAGAAUUCUCCUGUUCCAAGUGGAUAGCAUCUUAUGCUCGCAAUCAACAAGUAAAGUCGAUGACUUCCUAGAGUGGGACUUCAUCGGCGCGCCGAUUUUAAAGAAGCAUGGAAACGGAUACAAUGGCGGGCUGUCAUUACGAAACCCAAGAUUGUUUCUCGACAUCAUCAAGGAGCAGCAGAAGAACCCGGGCAGGCUCAAGGUUGAAGAUCAAUGGUUCUUUGAAAGAUUGCAGGAACGCAACGCGCGACUGCCCACAGAAGACCAAGCCAAACGCUUUGCUGUUGAGACGAUAUUUUACGAGACGCCGCUGGGUUACCACCAGCCGAAGCGUUGGCUGCCGAAGCGGAUGGACGAGAUCAGAGCAUGGUGCCCUGAAGUAGAUAUGAUUGGAGGGGGCCAGCACUUUUACUGA